GGUCAUGAGAUUCCGUGAAUAGCAAUUAAGUAAUACACUAAUGGCUGUUUCCUUAAGUGUAUUGUAGCCCAUAAUAAUUAUGAGUAGAGUACAAGGGAGUAUUAUGAGACCUCUAUAAAAUUAAUGUUUCUGACCAAUUAAUGUCAGCUAAAUAGCCUGUUCACUAAACCAUAAAUAUUCAUGUGCUAUAUUCAUGUGCUGUGUCAUCACAAGUGUGUGUCAUGAGAUUCCGUGAAUACCAAGCAAUGCUGUUUAAAACUGACCUUUAUAUUAUACGUAGCGUAUGCCCCGUAAUAUGCUCUGUAUAAUUAUACCAAAGUGUAUGAUAAGAAAUGUUAUGCAACUAUUGGUGAGUAUGCUUCACUGACUUACAGGAAAAAGUUUGUAAGAAAAGUAUGUAUCUGAUGGUGACCAUAAUGAGGUAGAGUUGGUAGAGGACAGGGGUGAUCAACACAGAGGCAAGGCUGGCUCUGAGCUGCCAACUAGGCUUAGGGAAAACCAGGGUAACAUCGUCGUCCAGAUCAUUUGAGAAAUAACGGGCAUGUCUCUGAGAUGUUAUCUUCAUGGUUCUGUCAGAAGACCAUGCAACUGCGCAGCUCCAAGAUUCAAGACAAAUAGUUGCUGAGAAGCUUUUUCUGUAGCAUUCAGUGCAGACUUAAUGCCAGUCAGAACAAAUAAUCUUUGUUUAGCCUUGACCUUUGACUACGAGACCCUCCCCUUUUUUUGCAAAGAUAUUCAUUAAUUAUUUCUUUAAUGAUCUUUACCGUAUGCAACAAUUUGGUUUUGAGUUGUCUCUCCUGUCUUGUUCUAUGGCUGAAGUUGCUUCUACUGAGCAGCUCCCAGUGAAACUAGGUCAGGAAUACCGAGUCAAACUGGGCAAGAGCUUCACCUUCCCCAGGGAGAACGCCUAUCACACCAUCAAAUCCUAAUUUUACCGAAUCAUUUAGUGACUGACAUUGAUGGCCACUGUAUCAGAUGACUUGAAGCCUCUGUCAGUGGAUCCCACAAAGCCUGGUAAACUGCGAGUGGCUGAUGAUGAAGUGAACGUACGACUACCAGUAGUACAGGCUGAGUGGAUUGAUGAUGUGGCCCAGUUCAGAGGACCCAAGAAGCCUGUCACUAAAGAGUGUGUGCUCAUCAUAGACACUGUGUCUGGGGAGGCAGUACUGGAGAGGAUCAGUAACAACAUCCAACUCAAGGCCAUCAGCAUACGCUGACCUUGUGUUCCAGUUUGGAAUGGCUGACGAGAACCAAGCCACUUACAUUUAUUCAAGGACCAACACGGCUGAGCAGUACAUCAAAGCUGAACGGUUUUACGAUGGCUUCAAGAUUUUUGAUGCUCUGCUCAACGGAGAUCUGAUACCGUAUCCUACGUACUUGUACAACAUCACUGGAUCCACCACCUACUACAACAUUCUCAGGACCUCGCUAGCCUCCCCUGAUUUUAACUACUACGUUCCCUUCAUCAACACCACUGACAUCAGACGAACCAUUCACGUCGGCAGUCUCAGCUAUGGCUAUCACGCUGAGGUGGACAGAUUAAAGAUAGGAGAUGAUGUUGCCGGGUAUGUGAGGACAGUGAACAAGUUUAUGCAGGUGGUCGUGAGAGGGGGUGGGCACAUUCUCCCGUUUGACCAGCCGGAGAGAGCACUCAACCUCAUCCAGAACUUUGUGAACAUGCAAUAGCCUAUUAUAAUUAUGUUGUCUGGAAAUGAUCAUGCUUCAAGUAUAAGGAUAAAAAUGAAAUUUAUAAUUAUA